CGCGCCGUCUUCUCUGAGCUCCGGACAGCAAAUGGGAAGAAGUCGCAUUCUGCUCUCCGUCCUUUAUGGAUCUGUUCAGUCAUCAUGUUCCUCGGAAUCGUUUUGCUCCGUCAUGCAACCUACUGAUUCUGAUGUUGGUGAUCUUCAGGAGCCGAAAUACACAAGGUGUCUCAGUGACUGGUGGAGACCUGACCGUGGUGGAGGGACAUGAUGUUACUUUACCCUGCAAGAUGACUGAGCAGAGGGAGAGACUCACUCAGAUAUCAUGGAGGAGGAAGACCAGAGGAAUGCCUGGAAAUCCUUUUUUUUUCACCAUUUCAGAAGGAAACGGUCAAAGUUUUGUCGAUGGUCCUGAUCCUCGAAUCACUUUCAUUGGACAUUUUGCAGAGAGGGAUGGAACUCUACAAAUAUCCAAUGUUUCGUUAAAUGAUGAAGGAAGCUACACGUGUAUUUUUUAUUUAUUUCCCAGUGGAACUUCCAGUACAGAAAUACCUCUACCAGUAGAAGUCCCUCCAGCUACAAGCCUCAACUCCACCCUUCUUGUUUUGGGAAAUGAAGAAGUUCUUCUUGCCACCUGCACAGCUGCUGCCUCCCGGCCCGCUGCGCAGCUGCGGUGGAUCACUGGCGCUCUUCAGAAGAAUUUAAGGGAAACGACCAGCGUCACGGAGCAUGAUAAUGGAACCACGACCACGGUGUCGUCGCUGUUUGGAGUGCCGAGGAGAGAAAUCAGCGGUCAUGAAGUGCAGUGUGUGGUCAGCAGCUCAGCCCUGGCAGAAGAACACCGCGAGGCUUUCACCUUACAGGUCUUCUUUCCCCCCAUGAACGUGACCAUCGUAGAAACGUCAGACGACACCUUUGAAUGUGUUUCUGAGGGAAACCCAGAACCGAGCAUCAGGUGGACCAGAUCUAACAAGACUUUACCCGAGUCUGACUUCAGAGUUGAUGGUGGGAAGCUGACGUUUCUACGAUGCGCUUCUGAUCUGAAAGGCUUCUAUCAGUGUGAGGUUUCAAACCCAUACGGACAACAAAGCCAGCAGUUCUACUGGACUGUAUGUUCAGGAUCCAACCCUGCUCCUUGGAUCUUAUUUGGUCUUUCAUUUUUCCUGAACAUCAUCGGUGCAGUGUGGUACCUGUAUAAAUCUGGACACAUUACAAGACUCUUGACAAACGAUGAAACUUGCAGUGGGGAUCAAAGAUUUCCCGUUCAUUCCAGCUCACCAGAAGUGGUACCAGACAGUGAGGGAGGAAGGAACACUUCCAGCACAUCAAAUGGUUGGGGUGGCAGCUGGAACGGCCACACACCGUCCCCUUGCAGCUAACGGGGGAGAAUCCCCGCUGCAGCGUUGCCACAGGAUCAGCCGGUUGCUGCCCUUCAAUGCCUGAAUGUUAGAGUUGAUUGUCCAGUAGGGGAAGAGCUGACCCCAAGACACGCCUGAAAGACCGCCUCCUCAUUUACACACUGAGGCAGAAACGCUGACAGACGGGAAAAAACAAGAGACAUGAAUAAAUACGAGCGGAAGAACAAUAGAGGGAGAAAAUCCAAAUUGGAAAUAAUGAAGACAUAAAUGUGACGGUGAAUAAAAAAGUGUCAAAAAAAAAAACCAAUCUCAGAUGAAAAUGAAAUACAGGCACAUUUGGAGGAUAUAAAAUGUGAAAGUCAAAUCAUGCAAAUACAGGCAUGAAAAUUUAUCAGGAAAUUAUUGAGAAAAUUAAAUACAGAAUAAUGUUAAAUUAAUUGUCAUAUUAAUAACUGAAUUUGUGAAGUGAAAAUGAAAAUAUAUAUAUUUUAGUCACAUUUUAUAGGUUUUUACAUGAAAAAAAAAUGUUGCUGGCAUAUAAAUUGAAUGAUUAAAAAACUGCAUUUGCCACAGUAUGAUUCAAGGUGGAGGGUUUUAAAGAGAACAGUAAAAUGCCUAAAAAGCACUCAGGCUCAGCUAAAUUCCAAAGCUGUGGACUUUAACCUUCGCCACAGAAAUGUAGUUUCUCCUGCUGUGGUUGAUUUGGAUGUGUUCAAUAUAUCAAACAGAGAUGCAUUUUUCUCUUCUCUUAGUAGUGAAGCUAUUAUUUGCUGACGUUACUGUUGCUCAUGCUGACUAGAUCUGUUUGCACUGUUGUCAUUUGAUAAUUAACUUGUAAUCUUCUUUCUGAGAGUGAGAGCAUACAGCCACAAAACACUAACAUUCUCCAUGGUCCAGUAGGCGCACAUGGUGACUUUCAUUUCAUACAUUUAUAUUGUGUUGAAUGUGUUCAUAAUGUUGAAUAAGUGACCCCGGAAUGAACAACUGAAUGUUUCCUGUUGAUACCUCAUGUGUUGGGACCUGUCUAAAUGCUGGACAUUCUCUGCUGGACGUUUUUGAGAGACUUUAAGAACAAAAGAGUUGUUUUACAAACGUUUUUUAUUAUUUGAUUCUCAUUCUAUCAUAUAACUGACCUACUGAAGCUUGGGGAAAUGCCAGCAAACAUCAAAUCAGUAUUAGUUUUGCACAAAAAAAAAGAGUUAAAAAAAAACUGGGUAACACUUUACUUUGAGCACCCGGUACAAGACAUUCUAAGUAGUUAUAAACACUCCUACAUGAUCACAAUGCUUUAUAACUCACUAUACAGCACUAUACAGCAGAGGAUUAGAGUUAGGAUUAGGGUUUAGGGUUUGGUCCUGGCAUUGUGAUCAUCUAUGAAUGUUUAUAACUACAGCUACACAUGUUAUAAUGGCAUUAUAAUACUUUAUAAAUGUACUUAUAAGGUGUUAUACAGGGGGGCUUCAAAUAAAGUGUUACCAAAAACUGCAGAGAUCCAACAAACCAGUUAUUCAGUCAACUAAAAUGAUUGAAAUUUUCAUGACAGAGUCGAUGUGUGCAGCAAAAAGAUUUUCAAAAAGGCAAAGAGUUGAAGCUGACUUGAGUAAUCCAAGUAAUCUUCAACUGUAGUAUAUUCAAAUUGGACAUAAGGAGUUAAUAGUUAGUUCUUCUGGACUCAUGAAGGAGUCACUGCACAGAUCAAGGUGGUGUCCUGUCAUUCAGUUGUUUCAUUUGGUAAAUGGGACUUUAUUUUGUCAGUUGUUCAUCAGUUCGACAGUCGUUGCUGUCUUUGCAGUUUAAAAGCUUUCAUUUGAAUUUUAAUGGUGUUUACUGAACGUUUUUAAAACAAGAAUUCUGACUUGAAUAUUCUGUUUUAUUUCAGUAAGUAAUUCUUUUUUCUAGAUUCUAGAUUUUUCUAGUAGCGCCCAAACAGCCAGCAGCCACCCGGUGUGCUCGUCCAUAUGAGACUAUUGUUCAGACGAAAGUCUACAUAAAUUUAAAUUUUCAAGAUGGAAUUGUAUAAAAGUAUAAAUGCAAACACUGCUUUGGAUAAAAUAACUGUAUUUUAAUUCACUGGCCUGAAACUGAUUUUAGUCACAGUUUAGAAUUCUUCGUUUUAUCAUUUAUCCAGGAAAUGAAACUCUAAAAUCAUAACGAAAUCACAAAAUGGAUCAUUACAUAAUAGAUGUGUUUAAUAAAAACCAUGUAGUUGUGUUUCGGGUCUCUGAAUGACUGUCAGCUGUCCUGCUUCAAGUUGCGGAACUUUGGAUUGAAACAGUUUAAAGUGAGAGUUCCUGUAUAUUCAGAUCUGACUGCAAUAACAUGUCUCAAAACAUUCAGAACAUUUGAUUGAUUUGUCUCACAAAAAACACUUUAUUUGAUUUAA